AUGAGCGGUCAUCGUAACCUCCUGGAGGCGCAACCACACACAAGGACUGUACGAGAGCUCGGGUCCUUCUCCUCCCGUCGACUCAGAACGGUGACUGUUGUGCCCUCAUCAUCCGAGCAGAUGUGCGCAGACCACCGAGCUCAACAACAUCACAUUUACCUCACACAUUCGGUUCAAGGAGGCGGCCAAGCAGGAGAAAAUGCUCUUUUGAUUCUUAAAAUCUCGAAGAUAUUCGGGUCUUUAUUCGAGGGCUCGUUCGUCAUGGUUGAAAAGUGA